GCUGCAUCCACGUUCCUAUAUCUUUAUACCUUAUACCUUUCCCCUCAUCCACGCUUCAAUCUCGUAGGUGCGUAAAACAACAAGCUCCCAACGCCCAACCUUGUGGAUCCUCUGCACUGUAGGAAUCCCACUGAAGCCAGUUAUGGCUCUCAGACAAAGCCAGGGUUCCAGGGAAGUUCCUGAUCAUCCACAAUGUGUCUCAUCUCUACCAGAGCAGACAGCUAAACACUUCAGAGACAGAGGGGAUCCUGAAGAACAUCAUAGUAGUAACACAGAAAGCCAGUCAAGCACACCAGUCCCAGCAAGCUUUUGUCCCAUUGAUGGCUCUGUCUCAGGGGAAGAUUUCGAUCAUAGGGAUAGCCCUAUCCAUCAUGACAGCAUGGAGGAAGACUCACUGUCUGAAUAUGAUAAUGUGGGCUCAGAGGAGGAAGAAGAGCAGGACUAUGAGGAAGAUGAGGAACUGCAUACAGAUGCAGAUGGGAUGACUUACUAUGUUCACUGUUGCCCUGAAGAUGAAAGCUAUUUGGAAGGAAUAGACUGUCAAGAGGGUACUGAGAGUAAUAAUAGACCAAGUACUUCCAGAGAACCAGAUACUCAAGGAAAUUCAGGAGAUACCUGGGAAUUCUCUGAGGGGUUUUAUGAAGUGAUCCAGCAAGGUACAGAGGAGCUAGUCCACAAAUGUCCCGAGCCUAUUACAAAGUCUACUUUCAUUCAGGCUCCCAUGGCAGAGGAUGAAGAAGAUGAUGAAGAAGACGCAGACGACGUAGACGAAGAAGACAACGAUGAUGAUGAUGAUGCUGUGGAGGAAGAUGAAACAUAUUUUGAUUAUGAACAAGAGAAUGCAGGAGGAAAUCAGGAUGAAAAUGUCUAUAAAGGACAAUGUGAUUUAGAGGAGGACAGUAAAAACCCAAUCCAGGGUUCAAAUUACAGUAACGGAAUGAUUAGGGCAGAAGUGGACUUAAGUAGAGAUUACAGAGUGGAUAAAAGCAUCCCAGAGAAGUGUAAGGGUGAUGCUCAGAGGUCAUUUACUGGUCACAGAGAAAGUAAUAAAAAGAGCAAUAGUGAAGUUAAAGUUGAUUAUUCAGGAAACGAAUUGGGCAGGGCAGAUAAAAACUCAAAACAAGGGUCGAUAUUCAGAGGGCAUCAGAUUUGUAAGGAGGACAGAGGCAGCAGAAACUGCAGACUUAAUGCUAUGACCAAACCUGAAGACACUGAGAAUAGAGAUUUUAAAAAGAGACAUUCGUACAGAGAUGAUGGACGAGAAGAAAGAGAAGACAGGUGUUCACAUGUGAGGAGAAACAGUCCUGAAGAUAGUAUAGGCAGGGGACAUGGAUGUCCUCAUAGCUAUAAAGGAAAGAUCAGAAGGGAUAGGGAAUGGUCAGUGGACACAGACAAGGAUAUGAAUCAGAUUGUAAAUGAAGUAAAAACAAAAAUGAAUGUGGGACCUCAGAGCACGGGGACAGAUAGAAGUAUAGCUAAGAAGUCAUGUGAUGACAAAAGGAUUUCAGAAAAUUCACAAGUAUCACUGCAGAAAGACCAGACCAGUCCCCCUAAAGAAGACAAUAAAGGCCAGGCAACUCAAAGCAGUCCACAGCAUUGCACAGUGAAUCCACAAUCUGAAACGAACACAUCGGCAAGCAACCAUAAUCUCUCUCAGCAAGGAAAGAGAAAUCACUCUUUCCCAAGCUUUGUGGAUGUCCCAGGCCCAUGUGAACCAGAGGACCUCAUCGACGGGAUCAUCUUUGCUGCUAACUACCUCGGGUCCACUCAACUUUUCUCAGACAGAAACCCGUCCAAGAGUGUGCGAAUGAUGCAAGCUCAGGAAGCUGUGGACAAAGUAAAGUGUGUGGAUAAAGAGAGCCAGAGCCCGAUUGAGGUUGACCUCUUCAUUUCAACAAAGGCCAUCAAAGUGCUCAAUGCUGACACACAGGAAACAAUGGUAGACGACGCUCUUCGGACCAUCUCCUACAUAGCAGACAUUGGAAGCGUGGUUGUCUUGAUGGCUCGCAGGCGAGUGUCGCAGUCUGCUGCACUCGACUGUAAUGAAAGCAGCCUGAACUCUGCAGAGGGCAGGAAGCAGUACCAAAUGAUCUGUUACGUCUUUGAGUCUGAGGAUGCCCAGCUCAUUGCACAGUCCAUUGGGCAGGCGUUUAGUAUGGCCUACCAAGAAUUUCUGAGAGCAAAUGGGAUCAACCCUAAGGAUCUCAGCCAGAAAGACUACAGUGAUAUUCUUAAUUCACAAGAGAUGUACAACGAUGAUCUCAUCCACUUUUCAAACUCUGAGAACUGUAAAGAGCUGCACUUGGAAAAGCAGAAAGGAGAGAUUCUUGGGGUUGUGAUAGUGGAGUCUGGCUGGGGGUCUAUCCUACCCACAGUUAUCCUGGCUUGCAUGCUGAACAGUGGGCCAGCUGCCCGUUCAGGGAAGCUCAACGUGGGCGAUCAGAUAAUGGCUGUCAAUGACACGAGUCUGGUGGGCUUGCCGCUAGCCACGUGCCAGGGCAUCAUCAAGGGCUUGAAGAAUCAGUUACAGGUAAAGCUGAGUGUAGUAAGCUGUCCUCCUGUGACCAUGGUGCUAAUAAAGAGACCAGAUCUGCAGUACCCUUUAGGCUUCAGUGUACAGAAUGGCAUAAUCUGCAGCCUCAUGCGAGGUGGAAUAGCAGAACGUGGAGGAGUGCGUGUGGGUCAUAGAAUAAUUGAAAUAAAUGGACAGAGUGUAGUUGCCAUGGCACAUGAGAAAAUUGUCCAUGCCCUAUCGGUGUCUGUCGGAGAGAUUCAUAUGAAAACUAUGCCAGCUGUGAUGUUCAGACUGCUAACUGGACAGGAAACGCCAAUGUACAUCUAAUGGCAAUGCCAGUGCUCUGGAAGCUCUGUAAUGCUCUGCCCUGCCUGUGCAACUCAAAACAAAUCUAGAAUAAGGAAUUCUUUGGCUUGUCACCCAGGAGGAACUCCUAAAGGUUUUAUGUAGAGCCCUAUACCAGAGUGUUUCCCUACCCUUCCAAGUAGAAAACUAAAAUUCCUCCAAAACCUUUUUUCCUCAUGAGUGUAGAUUUAACCUCUCUUACAAUCUGUUCUGUGAACACAGCGUCAUUGUUGUGCAUUCUGCUAAUAUACUAAUUCAGUCUCAGUACAUUCAAUAGAGAAACUGACAUCAGGCCUAAUCCUUAUUUAAUCGUGCUCUCCAGUGCAUUUACAGUGUGUAUGCUUCGUCAUUAAAAGAGAACACUAAGGGCAAGCUAUUUUUAAUUCUCACAUUGGGGCAAGGUUUAUGUUGUAGUGUUAAAUAAGGUGUUUAGGUCUAACACUGACAAAAAAAUACAAGAAUCUCAGAAUAAAUUGGUCUUGCAAGGCUCAAAAGGCCAUGGUAGUUGAAUGAAUCUUCUGAAUGGUAGUCUCCUCUUUUUGUUUUUUUAACCUUGGGGAAAUACAAUGCAUGAUUGUGUUCCAUGCAGGCGAGCUGCAGCUUAUAGAAUGUCAGCUCAUCUCUGUCAGUCCUAGUAAACAAAUACCGCUCUAGUCAUAAGUCUACCCUGAUGGUUGUAGUUCCUCUGCUUGCUCUGACUCGCAUGAUUAUUUUUUUAAUAUAUUGGGAUUUAUUUUUAAUGCUGUACAUAGUAGACUUGUUUAUCAGCUGACUUUUAUUUACUAAGACUAGUUAUCUAUGCAGAUUCUUCAGCUGAUCUGAGAAUGAUGCUAUUCGUGCUCAUAUUUAUCCAUUAAUGUUUCAUUCAUUUCAUAAAACGUCAGUCAUUUGGGGAGGAUCGCCUGACUUCCAAAGAAGAAGUAAUUACCAAAACAAAUAGAAUCUAUUUUAAUACCAUCAUAUGACACAUUGGGCUGAUUUAAAUCACCUCAUAUUAUGUUGUAAUUGAAUCUGUGCCUUUGUCCUUCCACCUCCACUCAAAAUGCUUACAGUUUUUGGGUGCCAUGAAUACAACACAAUGCAAAAAAAAUAAAGUUUCACCACAGCUACAUGCUGGAUGUAAUUGGCCUUGGGAGAGUCUAUAAACUUUAGUUACAGCAUUGAGUCUUCACUGGGAGUAAAUUAGAAAGAACGUGGGAAAUUGUUGAUUGACUUGAGCAGUAUAAACAUUGAUAUGAAGGUUUAAAUAGUUUUUAUAUCUAACAACACAAGAGUAUUAGAUUUUGAAACAAAAAACAUCCCCAUACCUAUGUGGAAGUGAGUGUUUUAUAUGAAGGAUGCGCAACUAUUUCAAUAUUACCCUGAGACAAUAAUACCAAAACAAAUAAGGUGACGGUGACGCACAUUGCCGAGCAAAUUAACUCACCAGAUCUGAGAAGGUGAAUCAUACUUAUAAAUAAUACAGUGCAUAUAAGAUAUGCUUUACUCAAUGGAGUUA